AUGCCCAUGUGCCCAAAGCUCACUGGCAUUGCCUUCCAUUUCCCCACCCCCAAAGUGUCGAUUGUGGAUCUAACCUGCCGCCUGGAGAAAGCUGCCAAAAAAGAUGAUAUCAAGAAGGUAGUGAAGCAGGCAUCAGAAGGCCCCCUCAAGGGUAUCCUGGGCUAUACUGAGGACAAAGUGGUCUCCUGCGACUUUAACAAUGACACCCACUCCUCCACCUUUGAGGCUGGGUCUGGCAUUGCCCUCAAUGACCACUUUGUCAAGCUCGUUUCCUGGUAUGACAAUGAAUUUGGCUACAGCAACAGGGUGGUGGACCUCAUGGUCCACAUGGCCUCCAAGGAGUAAGAGUCCCCUGAACCAUCAGCCCCAGCAAGAGGAAGAGAGGCCCUCUGCUGCUGGGGAGUCCCUGCCCCAGAUCGAUCCCCUGACACACUGAGAAUCUCCUGACCACCGUUUCCAUCCCAGGCCCCCUGGAGAAGGGGAGGGGCCUAGGGAGCCGUU